AUGACUUCCGCAACAACCGUCACCAAGGCCAACAUCGGUGUCUACACCAACCCGAAACAUGACCUUUGGAUCGCCGAGUCCACCCCCACAGCAGAGGACAUCAAUGCUGGCAAGGGCCUGAAGGCUGGCGAGGUCACAAUUGAGGUGCGCAGCACUGGUAUUUGCGGAUCCGAUGUGCACUUCUGGCACGCUGGCUGCAUUGGACCUAUGAUCGUCACGGGCGACCAUGUCCUCGGUCACGAAUCAGCCGGGCAGAUUAUCGCUGUCGCCCCCGAUGUCACCCACCUCAAGGUCGGCGACCGUAUUGCCGUUGAACCCAACGUUAUUUGCAACGCCUGCGAACCCUGUCUGACCGGUCGCUAUAACGGUUGCGAGAAGGUCGCUUUCCUCUCCACCCCACCUGUCGACGGCCUGCUCCGUCGGUACGUCAACCACCCCGCCGUCUGGUGCCAUAAGAUCGGUGAUAUGAGCUACGAGGACGGUGCUAUGUUGGAGCCCCUCAGUGUGACCUUGGCGGCUAUCGAGCGCAGCGGUCUGCGUCUCGGUGACCCAUUGCUUAUCACCGGUGCCGGUCCUAUCGGUCUGAUCAGUUUGCUCAGUGCACGCGCUGCUGGUGCCUGCCCUAUUAUCAUCACUGAUAUUGAUGAGGGCCGCUUGGCCUUUGCCAAGUCUCUGGUUCCUGAAGUGCGCACCUAUAAGGUCGAGAUUGGCAAAUCCGCCGAAGAGUGUGCUGACGGUAUCAUUAAUGCCCUGAAUGAUGGCAAGGGCUCUGGCCCUGACGCCCUGCGCCCCAAGCUGGCCCUGGAGUGCACCGGUGUCGAGAGCAGUGUCAACUCCGCCAUCUGGAGUGUCAAGUUCGGUGGCAAGGUGUUUGUCAUCGGUGUCGGCAAGAACGAAAUGACCAUUCCCUUCAUGCGUCUUAGCACUCAGGAGAUCGAUCUGCAGUACCAGUACCGCUACUGUAACACCUGGCCUCGGGCCAUUCGCCUGGUCCAGAACGGUGUGAUUGACUUGCGCAAGUUGGUUACUCACCGUUACUCUCUUGAGGACGCCCUCAAGGCCUUUGAGACUGCUUCUAACCCUAAGACUGGUGCCAUCAAGGUACAAAUUAUGAGCUCAGAGGAGGAUGUCAAGGCCGCCACUGCUGGCCAGAAGUUUUGA